GUAUCUGAGAACGGCGAUGAAAUUCCGAAAAAAAAUCCUUGAGAAGAACCAGAAGACCUACUACUUCAAACAUCGGUCCAAGAGCAAACGUCGGUUAUUUGUGACGGGAGGUUCCCACCUCAAAGAAUCUGGAAUCUACACCCCUGCUUUCUGUCAGUGUGUCAUUGAUAUUUGGGCGGCAGCAUACCACAAGCAAGACGCAGCAUUCACGAAGAAACCCAUUGCCUACAAAAAACUUUGGGAUACUUCUUUUUCCCGAAGUGUGGUUCGAGAGGAACCCUCCAGUGUGGUGGCUGGCAUAAACAGCACUUUGGAACUUCUGGAAAAUACGCUGGCUGUGUUAGAUUGA